UCUCUCUCUCUGUAAUUCUCUCUCACUCAAUCACACACACACACACACACAAACACACACACACACACACUCUCUCUACACACGUCUCUGCUAACCGCAGACAUUGUAUUUAUAUAUAGCAAUUCUCCCGGAUUAUUGUGUUGAUGGUGCAUAUCAUUUAUGAUCAACUAUCCCCUGCAUUGAAGUUGACUCCAACCUGCUUCACCGAUUUUAUCAUAUCAAAUUGAGAUUUCCAAUACUAUCUCGCUAUAGUUCUAUAUAUAUAUAUAGCAAUUGAGGCGGUUGUGAUUGAGUUAUCCACUUUGAUUGGAGUUCAAUUUCUGCUGCAAUGGAGGGGGAGAGAAAGAGAGGCCUCCGCCGUUGUUUGCUGGUGCUCACGGUGUUGUUAGUGGCGGCUGUGGUGGAAUCGGAGAGGUCUGGUGCGAGGCUUCUUUUGGCGGAUAGUGGCGGACAGAGACAUUCGGAGGAAUACUGCGCCAUGUACGACAUUUGUGGAGCACGUAGCGAUGGCAAAGUGCUGAAUUGUGCCAUUGGCAGACCUGCAGUCAAGCCAGAUGAAUUGCUAUCAGCAAAGGUUCAAAGCUUGUGUCCUACGAUUACUGGAAACGUAUGUUGCACGGAGGCACAGUUCGACACUCUGAGGACGCAAGUCCAGCAAGCUAUUCCUUUUCUAGUAGGUUGUCCAGCUUGCUUGAGAAAUUUCUUGAACCUAUUCUGCGAGCUCACAUGUUCGCCAAACCAGAGCCAGUUUAUCAAUGUGACUUCUAUUGCCAAGGUUGGGAGCAAUUCGACGGUUAAUGGUAUUGAUUAUUACAUAGCUGACUCUUUUGGUUUGGGAAUGUAUGAAUCAUGCAAAGAAGUAAAAUUUGGCACCAUGAACACUCGAGCCAUGGAAUUCAUCGGUGCUGGUGCUAAGAAAUUUCAAGAGUGGUAUGCGUUUCUUGGUAGACGGGCCGGGCUUGGUGUACCAGGAUCACCAUAUGCUAUAAAUUUUUUGCCGGCUGCCCCAGAAUCAGUGGGAAUGAAGACUAUGAAUGUGUCCACUUAUUCAUGUGGAGACACUUCAUUGGGCUGUUCAUGCGGCGACUGUCCUUCGUCAGCAGCCUGUUCAAGCUCGGGUCUUCCUACUCCUCCCAAGAAAGGUUCCUGUUCAGUGAGAAUAGGAUCUAUAAAUGCAAAAUGCAUUGAGGUUGGAAUGACAAUAUUAUACAUAGUACUUGUUUCUGUGUUUCUUGGAUGGGGAUUCUUCCACAGGAAAAGGAAAAGGAGUCCCGUGUCUAAAACCAAACCUGUGAUUAAUAUCCCAAAUGGGGGUGUUAUUCGCCGUAUAAACAGUCAGAAGGAUGAAAAUGUCCCUAUGCAGAUGCUCGAGGAUGUUCCCCAAAUGAACAGUGGAGUGCAGCUUUCAAUCGUGCAAGGCUACAUGUCAAAGUUCUAUAGGAGAUACGGCACAUGGGUGGCCAGAAACCCCGUCCUGGUUCUGUGCUCAUCAAUCGGUAUUGUUCUGUUGCUCUGCUUGGGUCUUAUACGCUUCCAAGUCGAGACGAGGCCUGAGAAGUUAUGGGUGGGCCCUGGAAGUAGAGCUGCGAAAGAGAAACAAUUCUUCGACAGUCAUCUCGCUCCCUUUUACCGAAUCGAGCAGCUCAUAAUAGCAACGAUCCCGGACACUGUGAAUAGGAAAGCACCCAGCAUCGUGUCAGAUAGCAAUAUCAACCUGUUGUUCGACAUACAAAAAAGGGUGGAUGCGAUCAGAGCAAAUUUUUCUGGUUCAUUGGUAUCUCUUACUGACAUUUGCAUGAAGCCACUUGGCAAGGAUUGUGCCUCUCAAACUGUUCUUCAGUAUUUCAAGAUGGAUGCCCAGAACUAUGAUAGCUUUGGGGGUAUAGAUCAUGUCGAAUAUUGUUUCCAGCACUAUUCCUCGGCAGACACAUGCGCCAGUGCAUUCAAAGCUCCACUUGAUCCGAGCACAGCUCUUGGUGGUUUCUCUGGGAAUAACUAUUCAGAGGCUUCUGCUUUCAUAGUGACGUAUCCCGUGAACAAUGAAGUCAACAAAGAUGGGAAUGCUACCAAGAGGGCAGAGGCAUGGGAGAAAGCUUUCAUUCAGCUAGCAAAGGAGGAGCUCUUGCCUAUGGUGCAAUCAAAGAAUUUAACACUUGCCUUUUCGUCAGAGAGUUCUAUCGAGGAAGAACUGAAAAGAGAAAGCACAGCAGAUGCUAUAACUAUCAUGAUAAGCUAUCUCGUAAUGUUUGCUUAUAUAUCCUUGACUCUGGGAGAUGCUCCUCGUUUCUCUUCCUAUUAUAUCUCCUCCAAGAUAUUACUAGGUCUAUCAGGCGUUUUGCUAGUCAUGCUUUCUGUGCUCGGAUCAGUUGGUUUUUUCAGUGCUGUUGGAGUAAAAUCUACACUGAUAAUAAUGGAAGUCAUCCCCUUUCUUGUUCUGGCUGUUGGGGUGGACAACAUGUGCAUACUGGUUCAAGCCGUAAAGAGACAGCAAUUAGAAUUGCCGAUAGAGGGACGGAUUAGUAACGCACUCGUGGAAGUAGGGCCGUCUAUAACACUAGCUAGCCUCGCCGAGGUCUUGGCCUUUGCAGUAGGAAGUUUCAUUCCUAUGCCUGCUUGCCGCGUCUUCUCAAUGUUUGCAGCAUUGGCUGUUCUUCUGGAUUUCCUUCUUCAAGUUACUGCAUUUGUUGCUUUAAUCGUUUUCGACUUCCUGAGAGCUGAGGAUAACAGGAUUGACUGUUUUCCAUGUAUUAAGACAUCUGGUUCAAAUGUGGAGCUGGAGAAAGGUGGUAAUCAGCAGAAACCGGGACUACUAGUGAGAUAUAUGAAGGAAAUUCAUGCUCCGAUUCUUAGCGUUUGGGUGAUUAAACUACUGGUCGUCUGCACUUUUGGCGCAUUUACAUUGGCAAGCAUAGCAUUGUGUUCGAGAAUACAACCUGGUUUAGAACAGCAAAUUGUUCUUCCUCGAGAUUCAUAUCUUCAGGGUUACUUUAACAAUAUCACGGAUUAUCUCAGAAUCGGUCCUCCGCUCUAUUUUGUAGUGAAAGACUACAAUUACAGUUUAGAAUCGAGACAGACGAACCAACUCUGUUCUAUCAGCCAGUGUGAUUCAAAUUCUCUUCUAAAUGAGAUAGCGCGAGCUUCGUUAGUGCCAGAAUCAAGUUACAUAGCUAAACCAGCAGCUUCGUGGCUCGAUGACUUUCUCGUUUGGUUGUCUCCUGAAGCUUUCGGAUGUUGUAGGAAAUUCACUAAUGCAAGCUACUGUCCUCCGGAUGAUCAGCCUCCUUGUUGCGCGUCAGAUGGUGGUAGUUGUGGGCUCAGCUCAGUGUGUUCGGACUGUACAACGUGCUUCCGUCACUCGGAGUUGCAAAAUGGCCGCCCAUCAACUGCACAAUUUAGGGAUAAGCUUCCAUGGUUCCUUAAUGCGUUGCCGUCUGCUGAUUGUGCAAAAGGUGGAAAUGGGGCAUAUACAAGCAAUGUUGAGCUCAAUGGCUACGAGAACGGAAUCAUUCAAGCAUCGGCUUUUAGGACAUAUCACACACCCCUUAAUAAACAGGCUGACUAUGUAAACUCAAUGAGGGCUGCAAGAGAUUUUAGUGCAAAGAUGUCUCAUGCUUUGGGGAUUGACGUCUUCCCAUACGCUGUGUUCUAUAUGUUCUUUGAGCAGUACCUUAACAUAUGGAAGACGGCUCUGGUCAAUCUCGCUAUUGCCAUCGCUGCUGUCUUCGUAGUCUGCUUAGUCAUCACGUGCAGUGUGUGGACUUCUGCGAUAAUUCUACUUGUUCUGUCAAUGAUCAUCGUGGAUCUUUUGGGCAUAAUGGCGAUUCUAGGUAUCCAGCUGAACGCGCUGUCGGUUGUGAACCUCGUGAUGUCUGUGGGCAUUGCCGUGGAGUUCUGUGUCCAUAUUACUCAUGCUUUCUUGGUGACGAGCGGAGAUAGGAAUCAGCGGAUGAAAGAAGCUCUCACCACGAUGGGGGCAUCCGUUUUUAGCGGAAUCACACUCACGAAGCUAGUCGGAGUGCUCGUUCUUUGCUUCUCGAGGACCGAAGUUUUUGUGGUUUACUACUUCAAAAUGUAUCUCGCUUUGGUGCUUCUCGGCUUCUUGCACGGCCUCGUCUUUUUACCCGUGAUUUUGAGCAUGUUUGGUCCGCCGUCAAGAUGUGUGCUUAUAGAGAAGCAAGAAGAUCGGCCGUCAACAUCAUCUCACUUUUAACCUUAACAACGUCGAAGCAUGCGGUUUUUUUUGUAGUGUACGAGGUUUAAUAAUUUUAUUUUAAAUUUUAGUUUUGUUAUUUAUUUUAGUUUUGGUGGGGUAAUGGUAUUUAUAGAUAACUAAUUUUCCUUUUGUACAAAUAACUAGUGACCUAGUGUUUGUUCAAUUGUAAAGCUUAUUUACAUUGUACCUUUUGAGUUAAAAGGGAAGAGAAAAAAUCAACUCUUAA